GAUGUCGUCUCAGCAGAUAAGAUGAAAUACAUUGUGAUCGGUGUGUACCGCCUGCCAAACGGAAAAAACCUCUACUAUGCGGAGCCCACGAAGACUAAGCACGCGAGUACAGUUGCCGAGGCCACCGUGAGGAUUAUGGCGCAGUUAGCAUCACUUCAGGUUCCUCCAUUCUUCAGGCUGCACACAGACUGCGGUAAAGAGUUUGAGGCACAGUUGUUCAAGGAGCUUGGAACCCGGUUCUCCACUUUCCACACCCAGUCUGCACCUUAUAACCCUCAAUCAAAUGGUCGAGUCGAAAGAGGAGUGCAGGCGCUCAAGCAGGCGGCCAUCAGAGAGUUGGUUCACUCAGUUUUGAGUCCGACGUAUUGGACGUAUGCGGUGCAGAAUGCUGCUCUGUACUCCAGGAUGCGGGCUAUGGGUAUUCCAGUUCCUAAGGGGACUCCGAAGAUGGGAGAUUGGGUAGCCAUCAAACGGCCGGACGCCGGUGACUUCGAGGAGAGGGCCAACUGUGGUGUGUUCAUUGGUCACAACGUGAGUAGCGUGCAUGGUUCAUGGAUUCUGUGUAUGGUCAACGGCGGGUUGAAGAUGAUCAGAGCGCGACUUCCCGUCUUGCUACAUCAGCCAGCUGUUAGGUGGAAAGUGUCAGUGGAUCCAGAUGGAGAUCGACGGGUUUGGGUAGGCAGUAACGGUCAGGUUGUAUGGGGCCAGGAUGCACCAUCAGGUAUUCUCACUGUGGAGGAGAGGCUUCACGGUCCGGAGGGUAACUCUGGAAACCUGGAAAGGAUCAUUAAACAGCGAACUUGGCCAAGAGCGGCACAGGAGUCGCUGGAGCUUUUCACCACAUUUGGUCACAGUAUCUUGGGAGCGGAAACGCUCCCAGAGGACAUAGGUCCAGAUCCAGAUCCCCUGGAGCCAGAAACCAUUGUUGUGGACAAGCUGUUGGCGAACACAGUCCAGGCUAACGUAAUUGCAGCGCAGCCAACAGCUGAGGAAGGGAAGAGCGGAAAGUAUCACAUAGCAACCUUUCAGGAGGAGCAACACGCCAUCGAGGAGGAGAUGCAGGCUAUCUUGAGUGGUUUGGACCAAGCCUCCGGGAUCACAAUGACGAAUGAUGUCUUCAAGACCGGUACCGAGGCUGAGAUCCAGAAGUGGGUGGAUGCAGCCAAGGACUUGGGUUUGAAAGACACCGACGAGAUCCCAGAGAUCAUACCUUCAAAACUUGUGAAUGUACGCAAACCUGUCGUCAUGGAGGAAGACAUCAAGAAGAACGCGGAGUCAGCGAAACAGCAUGCGGAGCUAAAUUCUUGGAAGGCUCGCGUUAGCAUUGUGGGGUGCGGGAACUUCGAGGAUACAUCAGCACACACAAAGGAAGAGUACGCAUCCUGCAACAUUCAAUGUGAAGGCUUACGCUUGAUGUUUUCAGCGCUCGCGAACAAUCCCAAGUGGAGUGGACUCAUCUUCGAUAUAAGUUGCGCAUUUUUGUAUGCGAAGCUUCGCGGGGAAAAGGCCGUCGUGGUGCGACCUGCACCAAUCCUGGUAUCCUUAGGGUUGGUUCCCGAGGGAACCCUAUGGAUUCUGAACCGAGCAUUAUACGGACUGAGACAGUCUCCCGUGGAUUGGGAAGCACAUAGGGAUGAAGCGAUCACGAAACUCAUUCUUGACCCGGCGAAGGACGAUGAACAUGGCGUCAUGGUGUUUGAACCCAUUCCUGCAUGCAAGGGUCUGUGGAAGAUUCUUGAGAGGGAUACUGGAGUGUUGCUUGGUAUAGCAACAACAUAUGUAGACGAUGGGUGGGUGAUUGGAGACGCCGAAACCUUGCGAAGGACCGCCAUUGGGAUGAAGUCAUUGUGGAAGGUCAAGCUACAAGGCGUUCUACGACACCCGAGCCUGUCAGAAGAUGCAGUUGCAUGGGAUGACAUGACCUGUCCUGUUAAGUCUUCCUUGGUGUAUCUGGGGUGUCAGAUUCAACGCCUUGGAGAUGGUACGGUCCAGGUCACACAGCGUAAGUGGAUCCUUCAAUCAUUGGCAUCGCGCGGGUAUGUGCACAUGAACGGCACGAAGAGUCUGCCAGAUCCAUGUGAAGGAACAUUGCCCCCAGAGCCACGCGAUGAGGAGUACCAGAAACGGGUCAAGCAGGGACAAAGUGAAGUCGGAUCCUUGAUGUGGGUUGGCCUCCGCAGCCGUCCUGAUAUCAUGUCCACGGUGGGAGCGGCAGCAUGUCUUUUGGUGAACAACCCAACCGAAACACUGAGAUUGACCAAAGGGCUAUGGCGCUUUCUCAGACACACGGUGAACCGAUGCAUGCAGUACAAGCCGCUGAAGGCAAACAACGACGUUCACAUCCACACAGACGCCAGUUAUGCCAAUGGGGGCAGCCGGUCACGUACUGGCGUCACGGUCUCCAUAGGUGAUGGCCCUGAUGCUCAUAUUAUCGCUUAUCUCUCAACAAGGCAAGCGCUGACUGCAUGGAGUGCAACAGAAGCUGAGCUGGAGGGUAUGGCGAGUGGGCUUCAGAAAGGUUGGCACGUGACGAUGUUGUUAGAGCAGAUGUUGAGCAGGCCUUUCAAGAGCAUCUUGCAUGGCGACAACAGUGGCGCCAUCACGCUGAGCACCCGAGAAACGUUCUCGGAGUUGGUCAUGCGAACCCGACACUUUGCUAUCAGAACCAGCUGGAUUCGAGACACGGUAGUUCAUGAAGAUAUCCAGGUAGUGCAUACCGGAACGAAUGAGAUCAAAGGCGACAUUCUUACGAAGAGCUUGAGUUACCGAAAGCUGGAAAGUGCAUGCGAGUUGCUAGGCCUAGGUGACACGUUUGCCAUGGAUAUCAUGGCUCAAGCCCUAUGCGACAGCCCCAUCAAGCUCCGCGACGCAUGUGGCCGCGAAGUGGGGGAGGCCCAGUAUGCUGCAGGGCUGGUGCGCGCCGCGGAUUGGAGCCCCGACCAGCCCAGGGUCGCAGGGAUGCGGCUGCGGCGCUCCUGCAGGAAACGUGCGGAAGGCAUGGUUGGCACGGGGAUGCACGGGGUGACGCACAGAGGUGUGGCGGCUUGUCACCUCGCCACACAUCCGAUCCGAGGUUGGUCGCCUGUCACUGACUUGCACAACAACGGCGAGAUUUGGCUUCACUGCGACCGCGCUCCUGCCAGGGGAAGCACGAGAUUUGACUUCGCCGUUGCGGCGGGGCCAACCCGGUUGCCGCUGCGCGAGGCCUAUCUCAAAAAGGAGCGCGGCGUUUGUGGUCAUGACAUUGACUGCGACAUCCGUGCCAAUGAAGCCGUUUGUCCACCUUGGUAUUGGAAGUCCGCAUCAGCAUGGCCAGAAAAUUUUCACGAAGAAGUUGGUGGAGCUUAUGUGAAAGAGAUGGGCACAAAGAUCCUUCGGCGCAGACUCCCAGACUGGGAAGUGGUUCAGUGCCAGCGAAUUGAGGAUGCUCUUUUGUGGGAAAAGUACACCGCCAAGCGAGCGCAGCUUCGAGACAAGUCCGUCAGUUGCGCACAUGUCUCACCUGAAACCGCCGAAAGCAUUCAAUACUCCGCCAACACCACCUUGGACCACAAAGUCAACGAGGUCUGGUUGCUCCAUGGAACAUCGGAAGAAGCAGCUAUAGCGAUUUCCCGAAGCAAUUUCUUGCCCAGCAGUGGUGGAUGCUUCGGAUCUGGUAUUUAUUUCGCAGAUGAUGCCAAGAAAAGCAAUCAGUAUGCGAAAGGCAGGACGGACCCUCUGACUUGA